CAAAUUCUUGGGGUGCCGUUGCGUUGUCCCUGUUCUCAAAUCUUUUCCUUUAAUUUAUGCUUGAAAAUGUGUCAAUACUUUAUAAUUAUUCGCUUUCUAAUUAAAGAUCAUUAUCGUUAUUGCUUGUCUUGAGACUGACAGAGAGUAAUUUCUGAACUUAAGUAUCCUGUGUUAAAUUAUUGAACUUUUUUUAUUAUGUCUGAGUAUUGGAAAUCGUUGCCCCGCAAGUUUUGUGAUAUGUGUAAAUGCUGGUUUGCGGACAAUAAAGCGAGUAUUGAAUUUCAUGAAAGAGGAAAGCGGCAUCAGGAAAAUGUUCAGAAAAGGAUUCAAGAGAUUCAAAAGAAAGGAAUAAAGCAAUAUAAACAACAGAAGAAACUUGAAGAUGACAUGGAAAAAAUUGAGAAGGCUGCUCUCGCUGCGUAUGAGAAAGAUCUACAAAACAUGAAGCAAGCAUCAGCUCCUGAAGAGAAACCGGCGGUUGUGGUUAAAGAUAACAGUCAACAUAGAGAUGCGGCUGUACCUUCAGUAAAGAGUAAGAAAAAAAGUGGUAAAACGGCAGAGAAAACGGCUCCUGCCGAAGAACCCAAGAAAUGGUACGAGUCCGUGACAGAGGAAGGUUACAGCUAUUAUUGGAAUAGUGAGACAUCUGAAUCAAGAUGGGAACCCCCAGAAGAAGGUUAUGUAUCUGUAGCUGAACAGACCUUUGAAAAGGAACAAAAGGAGGAAAAAUCACCUGUAAAGCUUACUGUUCAGGAAACUGAGAUUAAAGUGGAAGAAGAGGAAGAAAAAGAAAGCUCCGAAGAAGUAUCAAGUUCAAUUGGUCCUCAGCCAAGGCAUGAUCCUUAUGGUCAAUGGGUUACAGUCCAAAAGGAAGAACCAGUGGAAAUCGAUCUUCAGCUGCCAAAGCCAUCAGAAAAUAUAAUUGAAGUAGUUAUACCUGUCGCAAGAGAUGAGCCUAAAAUGAAAUUCAAAGAAAAAACAAUUGGAAAACUGGAGGAUACAGAUUGCCAAGAAGAUGUUGUAUUUAAAAAGCGCAAAUUCAAUUUUGGAAGUAAAAAAAAUGCUAGACAAAGGACUAAUGAUGAUGAUUAGUUUUCUAAUCAUAUAAGUUUUUAUUUUCUUUUGAAUAUUGAUGUACAUAUUUAAUUAUUUUGUUUUGCAACUAUAGCA